AUGGCCGUCUCCAACUCCAAGACUCUUUUACCUCUGUUUCUUGUUUCUCUUUUGCUGUUACCUCACUUUGCUCAGUCGUCUGAUCCAAUGGUGAUCAAGAACACGGCAGAAGAACAUUCCAUGACCGAUGAGGAAAUCGAUUGUGACGAAGCUUGUGGGGAGAGAUGCAAGUUAUCGUCGAGGCCCAACCUUUGCAAGAGAGCAUGUGGUACGUGCUGCGAUCGGUGCCAUUGUGUCCCUCCGGGAACCUCCGGCAACUAUGACGUGUGCCCGUGCUACCGUGACAUGACCACCCACGGCGGCAGACACAAAUGCCCUUAG